AUGGCAUACUCAACCGGAUCAAGCUCUACGAACGACAUUGUUGUAGUUACUAGGAAUCGUGAUAACAACUUGUGUAAUUGUCGUCAUCCUCCAAAGGUCAUUGUAGAAAGGAUAUCGAUGUUUAAUAAGAAUCCAGCUCACAGAUUUUGCAACUGUGUUGACUCUUUGGUGGAGAUGGCAGCUAAGAAGUACACCAGUUACACUGGCAGACUGGAGAGAAGGGUAGCUAUGCUGAAGAACCUGAAUGUUGAAAUCACUACUGCUAAAGACAUUAUAGAUGGUGAGUUUGCCAUGGCAGUUGAAGAUAACAAACAGUUGGGUGGUGAAUUUGAAGUUCGGGAUUGCUAUGAUGGUGUUUGUGCUUCUUUUUGGUGUGUUGCUGAUGCAAAAAUCAAAUGUGUUGGGAUAGGCAUGGUAUUGUGA